CUUAUCUAGCCUGCCUGCUAUGUACAUAUCCGGAUGGACCCUUAAAUGCCCCUCGUCCCGCUUCGUUCGUCCCACCUCCCCAACCUCAUCUCGCAUUACUGCGGAAACUUGCGAUCGGUUGAAACUGGACGGGUUGCCUUACGGGGGAAGGCUACAACGUUCAGAAAAGGCGUGAUUGUCGCUGACAAACACAUGGGCGUGAGCGGCGACCCUUGUGGCAUAGUCGGUGUGUGCACAGUUACCCCGUUUGAAAACUUGGAACGGGUGGUCUAUGUCGUCGUGGGCAUCACCGGCGGCAUCAGCAAUCCGAGGCCUGCCGUUCCGUUCAUCGUUCCUAUUCGGCAAGGCUACGGUUGGUACCUAACGUCUAAGGCAGCUCGUGAAUCGAAGCCUAGGGUACGAGAGAUUGUUGGUCCGUCUCUAGAUCUAACCUGAUAGACACCUAGAUGGGCUAGAAGACGGGCAUGAUCACCGUCGAAUAUUCCUUUCAACCCCCUCUACAAUUUCCAUUCAUUAGGCACUAUGGAUCGUGUGCCUCCGGAGCUGCUUUUGCACGUAUUCCAAUUCCUGGACACCCGUGCUCCAUCCCAGGAGCGGCUUCACGAGCAGCCGAACAAUGAUAUGCUGGAUAUCCCGUCUAUAGUCAUCCGGACGCUCAAGACCGUCUCCCUCGUCCGCAAAUCGUGGCGGAUCCUGGUCCUCCCUAUCCUAUUCCGCCACAUUCUAUGGAGGCCCAAGAUAUCCUCUCUUAGUGCCUUCACACUCAAUCCCAUACCCCUACUUCGGUUUCUAGAGGAUCACCAGCUGGACCGCGCCGUCGCCACCUUCACCAUGGUGGUAGAUUUCGUCGAUAAGGAAGCCAAUGCUCGGCGGAUGACGCCGGAGAUACGCUCUGUCGAUCUCGAGUGGCUAUGGGACCAGCUCUUUGGCGUUAUCGAUCCGCUGCGAUUUACUAUCAUCGCUCCUCCAACUACUCUCGCCGCAUUCAUGUCCCGGAUGCUCUUCCUGGAUGACGCAUGGUCGUUUAGUAUACCUUACCAUAUUCUCUCAUUGGCCCGCGCUAUAAGAGGUGAUUGCCAUGAAGGCCCUCUGGAUGGGUUAGGAGAGGCAUCUCCACCAAAUCCUCAAAUCCCACCACCAGAUACUACAAGAGCGUCCCAAUCGACGGCUCUGGCUGCUGCUUCGAGUACCUCUCUUGCAACCCGGCUUAGGAGACCGCCAGCCUGUCAUCUGUUCACCAUCCGCCCUUGGACCUCGAUACUCCUCAACGAAGGCUCGUCGACCCGAGUCUAUCGGACAUACGAGUUCUUCCACCGGCGGCCGCCGUCCAUGCUCGGAGCGCUGCUCGGAUGUGAAGAGUACCCGAACGACGUGCCACUCAUCCCGCCAACUAUCGUUGACUUCAACUACAUCGCCAUCUUUCCGCUAUCGUCACAUGUUGACGUCUUGCUGCAGCACCUGCCGCGGCUGAGGCGCCUCUUCAUACAGCUAACGCCGCGGCCUGGCAACCAAAUUCUUCAGGAUGGGGAUGAGAUGCGGCACAUCGACUUGGCUGACAUGUGGAUGGAGCGCGACAACGUGUACAACGCUCUCGUGGAGGAAAUCUUGUUUGCCGGCGCCGCGCCGGCCCUCGCAAUCUUGCCGCACGGCUCGCGCAAUUGGGCGACGCUGCGCGUGUUUGAGUGCGGCGACGUCGCUGAUCGUAGCGCGUGGGAUCAGGCCACGGAGAUCAUCGAGGAGAGCGGCGUCAAGGGGUGGAAGGUCGGACGGGAGGGCGUCCUCGUCAAUGUUGGCGAUAAAGGAGACUUCCCCAUUGUGGAUCGAGAAAUAGAUGGCCACGCCAGCCCUCGGAACCUCCCCGGAUAACGGCUAUUUCCGGCGUAAUGGAAUCUCUUCCUUUUUCUUGACCUGCCGGGUGGAUGCGAGCGUCAUGUCUCACCUCUUCUCAUGUCUGCGUGCGAUUCGCCGCAUCUAGCUCAACCCUGAGAAACUACAACGACUCUCUUAUCAUCGACGUGGCCUGCUCACGCGAUGGCUAACCAAACGCUCGGAAACACUUCAACUUCAAGGGCGUGAACUGGCUUAGCAAUCUCGAUCAAGUGCGAGGCCACACAGUUCUACCCGCCUACAUACCUAGUUAAAUGUCUAUCUGUGGAAAAGCCGCUAGUCGGCGAGGGGGCCGAUGGUUCGGAGAAGGGGAGGGGAGGGUGGCUACAACCCGGCUCCAGUCAAGGCAUAUGUAAAUACGUGGGGAGGCAUUCCGAGCGAUAGGUAACGGGUGCCGAAGGUAUUGGCUAGGGAUUCUACCGUGUAUCGGUGUUGAAAUGGAGAAAUAUGCUCGAGAAUUGGGAUCCUCCCACGAAUUACAAAUACACCAAAUCGAAAUAGGGAC